GGACGUGUACGCCGUCUCGGAGAUGGAGAAGAAGGUCUCGGUGAGAGUGAUGCGGGGCGGCAACGAGCACGCCGCUGCCUCGUGCAGGUACAGGACGGUCCCGGGCACCGCGCUGAAAGACCAGGACUAUGUGCAUGCACAAGGGCAACUGGAUUGGCUUCCAGGAGACACCAACGAGAAGACCAUAGAUAUCAGCAUCGUCGAGGACAAGAACCACGAGUCCACAGAGGAAUUCUACGUGGAGCUUUUGCCAGUUCCUGGGGCCGGGAUCGUGGGACUUAAGAACAUCGCGACAGUGGUCGUGUUGGACUCGGACAGUCCCGGGGAGCUGACGUUCGAGUGCGACAGCGUGUCCGUAGCAGAAGCCUCCUCAGCGUUUGAAGAAGCAGAUCAAGAUCGAGCGCGUGGGGGGCUGCCACGGAAUGCUCAAGUGUGCUUAUCGUACCGAGGACGCGUCGGCCAAGGCUGGCAAGGAUUACGAGGACGCGUCGGGGGUGCUGGAGUUCGCAGAUGGAGUGAUGAACGCGUUUGUCGAGGUCGCCAUCCUCCCUGUUGCUUCCGUGGACAUCAGGAAAGAGAUGUUCCGCCUCAUCAUCGAGCCAUGCGACGAUGAACCCGGGAACUUCGUCCACGACGUCUAUUCGGACACGACCUGAGGCCACGGCCCCUUGCGCCCCGCCCAAAAGGCCACGGGGGCACACCCGCGUGCCCGACGCCGGGGCCCUCGCCUCGCCUCGCCUCGCGCCUCGCCUCGGCCCGUCCCUGGCCACCUCCGCCGGCCGCGCCCCGCCCGAGAAGCUUCGAGCCGGGCGCCCGAAACCCGCGCGGCCUCACCUCA